ACAUUACUUAUAAAUGUGCAUGUUUAUAAUGAGCCUGCAUGCCGUGCACGAGUUCUGAGUCUCUUCUAGCAUCGUGAGAUUCCACAGCUGAGAACGGCUCGGCCAUAUACAGUCGAGAGUUUCUGACCCGCACUCCACUCUUCAUCAACUUGUUCUCCAGCAUUCACAGAGAUGGCGGCAAUCAGAGGAUCCGUAGUCGCUCUGAGCACUGUUUUUCUUCUAUUAUGUGCGGCAACUGUGGCAAGUGCUGCUGCUGCAUGGGCCGUCACCGACUGGACUGAUGCGCAUGCAACAUUCUACGGCGGUCAAGACGCUUCGGGCACGAUGGGUGGUGCCUGCGGAUACGGGAACCUUUACUCAAGGGGCUACGGAACUGCCUCGACUGCUCUCAGCAACGCAUUGUUCAAUUCUGGUCUUAGCUGCGGAGCUUGCUUUGAAAUCAUUUGCAAGCUGAGCGAGACCAAGUGGUGCUACACCGGAGGCAAGAGCAUAGUGGUGACAGCAACGAACCAGUGCCCGCAGGGUUCCGAAGGAGGAUGGUGUGAUUACCCCAGGUCCCACUUUGAUCUGUCAUUCCCGAUGUUCCAGUCCCUUGCGCAAGCAGUUGGAGGAGUCAUCCCAGUUCAGUACCGCAGAGUGUCAUGCUCACGCUCCGGAGGAAUUCGCUUCACUAUCAACGGAAACGCCUACUUCAACCUGGUCCUGGUGACGAACGUCGGCGGCAAGGGAGACGUGGCGGCUCUGUGGAUGAGGGGAAGCAACACCGACUGGCAGCCCAUGAAGCAGAAUUGGGGUCAGAACUGGCAAUGCGACACCAAGCUGGUGGGUCAGGCGCUCUCUUUCAAAGCUAUGCUGGGAAGUGGAGAGACCAAAGAAUUCUACAACGUAGCUGAUUCCAACUGGCUCUUCGGUCAGACCUACGAGGGAGACUACAAUUUCUAGGGGCCCGGUCGCGCAUGGUGGGCAUGCAUGAUCGUGUCCACGUCCGAAUCUGUUGCCGUCAGGAGCAACGAAUGACUGUCACUCACAGCUUCAAACCUUGCUCAGGUAAAGAAGCGGUUGCAAUCUCUAGAUAGUCCUGCAGAGCAGAAGCGGCGUGUGCAUAUGGAGCCUCAGCUCCCCAGCCCUCUACCCUGCAGGUGUAAUACUGAGCGUAGCAUAGCAAAUCAUACCCGUAGUUAUUUUUUAAGGUCUCGAUUGUCUUGCUGAUGGAAGCAGAGGUGAAAUUAGCUACUCAGCCACCCGCCCCCAUUAAAAUUCAAUCUGAUAUGGAUGGACAGAUAGAUAGAUAGAUAUAAAAUGGAUAGGAACCAACCUCACACAUUUCUAUGAAAGAAUGGAUGCUCUGAUAUAUGAAUACAGCAGGAUGGGCUAGUCUUCUCAAUGACUAUGUGUCAUCUAGAGAAGCUGCUGACAAUUAUCUCUAAUCUUCGGCCACUAUCCCAAAGGGCCCGUAAAUUCUUCACUAACGUAGAUCAGGAUGAAGGCGAAACCAGCGUGGAAGUUAGCUAAGCUACUCUCGAAGUUGACGAUACAAAAUGUGUCCGUGUAAUAUGAAGUUACUACUGUAGAAAACGUGGAACGUAGUGGUUUAGAGCUCUAUACUCGUCGUAGAUAGCUGGUGGCCUGUCACCAUAGACGUUUUCCAGAUUCUGAAAAUUUGACUAAAAAUUAGCCAGCAAUAAGAAAGGUCGACCCAAAUUGAUCGACCUUAUUGUAAGCGUGACUUGUUCCUUCAUAUAAUAAAAUUCCUAAGUAUGUAC